GGCUGGGUAGGCAGUAGACAUUCUUCGCCAAUCUGCAGAAUGAAGCUGAUCGCUGUGACUUUACUUGUUGCCCUGGUGGCCGCCGCCCAGGGAGGAAAGCUCUCCGACAAGCUGGCCAAGAUCGUGCCUAGCUUCGCCACUGGCUUUGUGAUCAACGGCACGGAGGCGGAACCUCAUUCCGCCCCGUACAUUGUUUCCCUCGCCACUAACUACGACAAGCACUCGCACAUCUGUGGAGGCACCAUAAUCGCCAAGGAGUGGGUAGUAACCGCUGCUCAUUGCAUUUCGUCACCAGUAGGAAUGAGUGUCAUUGCCGGUCUCCAUACCCGCGCCGAAGUGGAUGAGCUUACCCAGCAGCGCAAGGUUGACUUUGGCCGCGUUCACGAAAAGUACUCCGGUGGAGUAGGACCCUACGACAUUGCCCUGCUCCACGUGAGCGAGCCCUUCAUCUUCAACGAGUGGGUUUCGGCAGCCACCUUGCCCAGUCGUGAGCAAGUCCAUGAGGGAGAGACCCAUCUGUACGGCUGGGGACAGCCCAAGUCUUACGUCUUCACUGCCGCCAAAACUCUGCAGACUGUUACCACCGAAAUUGUGAACUACGACGAGUGCAAGGCUGAGCUUCCGGAAACCGCUCCUCUGGCUGAGAGCAACAUUUGCUCAUCUUCCCUGCAACAGAGCAAGUCAGCCUGCAACGGCGACUCCGGCGGCCCACUGGUCGUUGAGACCAAUAAGACCGCAUCCGAGCUAAUUGGUGUCGUAUCCUGGGGCUACAUACCCUGUGGAUUGGCCAACCUGCCCUCUGUCUAUACCAGGAUAUCCGCCUACGUCGACUGGAUCACCAACAUUCAGAGUGCCUACUACCAGCUCUUCUAAAGCGAAGGGAGGAAAUAGCAGUCAGAUUCAAUGAAAGGAUCGGAAUCACUUUGGUCAUAGCCAUGAUCGAUUGUUGAAUAAAAGCAUCCUACUGAAGUUUAAA